CUUCUUCCUCGUAGAUAGUGAUACUGAGUUUUGAGUCUUGACUAAACCUCCACGUACCCAUUUGUAUGCAUUCUAACAAUUUUCGCAUUGUACGAAGGGAAAUAGCCAAGAAUCCACCCGAGAAUCGUCAUGGAGAUGAUGAAUUGUUGGAUUCUGAGUCCAGUAGCUCACAAAAUCGGACAAAGCAUAAACGGGGCAUGUCCAAAAGAUUCCAGCAGCAAGAGCUCGAAGGACUAAUCAAUGAUAUUGAGGAUGAAUGGAAAGAUUUAUUUAAGGAAAAUUAUAAUCCAUUGAGCACGGCAUUGGAGUUGUUGGACAAAAGUUCCUUUGGAAGAGGCUAUGAGAACUUCAUUGAAACUUAUGAUAAAGUCAAAUCUGCUUUGCAAAGGAUUUCUUCUGAGAAUAAGGAAGACUUUAUGCAAAAUGUAACUGCUUAUGGAAGAAUUAUGGACCGACUGAAUGUCACAACCUCCAAAGUAUUGAAUUUGAAAGCCUCCCUGAAGUCGGCGCAAUCAAGUAUUGAUAAUAUAACAGGGAGCAGUGAACUUCUACAACUCCUGUCUCGAAGUGCACAGCUGAACAUCAUUAUUGAGACUCUUCAGUCAGUCCACAGCGCCUUUCAGUCGAGACAAAACAUUGAAACUCUUAUAAAGCAGAAGAAGUAUUAUGAAGCAAGUCAGCUGCUUGUCAAGACUUCACAGACAUUGUCGGAAAAAAGCUUCGAAGGAAUUAGCUCAGUUGACGGUUUAAGAAGUCAGAUUAGUGCUAUGGAGUCGUCGUUUUUUGAAACGCUUGUCGAUGAACUUACGAGAAUUGUUUUUCUUAGGUCUGAUACUACAUAUUCGUUGGAAACACCGAAGGAUAGUCCCAUUACUACAAAUCCUUUCUUUCUGCGUGAGUUUUUGGACAGUAUCAAUAAGGAACCAUCAAUUCGGCAGGUAAAUAAGCUAAAAAAGAUUGCAGAAAUUCUACAAGAACCGUUGGAUAAAGAUAGAUAUAAAGAACACGGUACAGAUAGCUUUCGUGAUCUGCGCAUGGUCUUGGAGUCCCUCAAUAACCUGAACAAACUGCGAGACGCAUUAGCUGUGCUUAAGCAAAGAACUCCAGCAGAGGUCUAUUAUCUUGUUGAUUGCGUUGUAAAGCACGCUGAUACUACUUACUCGGCCGGUUUUAACUGUGAUAUUCCUACUGCCACACAAUCCAUAUUUGAUGCUAUGUUUGAUAGCAAAAACGAGCAGCAGAGUAAGAUAUUCGAAAGGUUCUUUCAUUUAUUUUCAUUAAAGCUCGAUACACUUGUAUUUCAUUACAGGUUGAUUGGUGACUAUCUUACUCGUCUCGUCGGUACUGAUUCUAUGGGUGUAUCUCGAUAUGAAUUUUCCUAUUCUCCCUUGUGGGAUGCAUUAAAAAAUGAACUGGGUCUAUUGUUAAAGGAUUAUCUCAUUACGCCAGUUGAGUAUAGCUACUCGAAACAAUCGAAGGCUGCAGCGAGUGAUUCAACAAUACAUACCAAUUAUGAGUUUGAUCAGAACAAGAGUUUCUUUAGCUCGGUUAAUGGAUGCCUGCCUCAAAAAGAUGAUAAAUCAUUUGCGGCUGAAUUGACGAAGAUAGUUAAGGACUUUUCUUUGAUUAACGUUGGAAAAUCGAACUCAAAUACCUCAACCACUGAUUUGAAUCUGUAUGUAAACCAGCAAGGUUCCAUGAAAUUCGCUACCAACCAUAAAAUUAUUGCUUAUCCUUCUAUCUUUGAUGCCCCCAUUGUGUUAAUGUCUGUUGUUUCACUUCUUACAAACUUUCGCUACAUACUCGACGGAGUAUCGAAUGUUCCUCAAGGGGCAUACGUUCGUGUCAUUUCGGCCUUUCUCAAAGAUACAUUCCUUCCACAUUUUACCGAUAUCAUUUUCUCCUAUUUUGAUGACAUUAUGAAUGACCCGGAUGCCUUCAAGGUUCAUCCUGACUGGAUAAAAUUUCAUGACUAUCCUAUAUACAAAGGCUUUGUUUCAACUUUACAAUUCGUUGAAAGUCUUACGAACUCAUUUCCUGUUAUGGCUUCUAACCUGGUGGAAUACUACGAGAUUUUGCUAAAAGUUCUGCGAAAACUUGAGUCAAAAGCAGUUCGUUUUGUGAACGAGCUUUGCGUAACUACUUUAUUGAAGAAGUAUAAGUUUACGAAGAAUAUUUCGGACUUAGGUACUGAAACUGCUCGUUUGAAGACUGUUGGCAAUGAGAAGCUAUUCAAUUCAUUCAGUAGUCUCUGGAACAGUCCUGAUCAACCUGAAUCAGAGUGGACAGAAUUGUACUUAACGGAACGAAAAGGUUCCCUGUUUUACGGAAGAAAUGAAGAGGAUAUAGAAAACUUGCCAAAGUCUAUCAUUUCAAGGGAUUCAAGUGUAGCUUCGCAAAUAGCUUAUCUUUACAAUUCCUUGAUAUGGUUUAACAAAAAGUGUUUCUACCAAUUUCAUGCUAAUAAAACGGAAAAGGAAAACACUUCUGAGAACAACAUACAAUAUGGACGUCCACUUUUUGUGAUGCGGGUAUUGGACUAUGAUAAUCCACAACAUAAGAGUUUGAUUGGUGACUAUGAAACUGUCAUAAGAUCUUACAGAGAUCUCUCUUAUCAAUGCCUUCUGUUAUUGCGGAUGGAAAUUAGACUCCUAUAUUUUAACACCUUAGUCCAAAUUGUCAAAGUACCAAAUUUCAUUCUUGAAUACAAAGGCCGGCCUGAUGACGUGGUUAUUGAAUUGGAUUCAACAAUUAUUUCCGUAAAUUUUGAAAUUGAACGAAGCUUACCAGAACGAGAAAGAGCUAUGAUUUGGAAGGGACUUGACUUCAUUGUGGAUCAUCAAAUGUAUGAGAUAUUCCGAAGCCUUAAAAGUAUGAAUCGUGGUGCUUGCUUACAAACGCUUCGAAACUUGGCUGUUAUGGUUCAGACUCUAAAGAUUGUGAACGACAAUCCAGAUGCAGUUGGGUUGAUGCGGUCAAUUCGUGCUUUCGGUGUUUAUAGACUUGGUCUUAAGAAGGUCACAGAGUUCUUUGCUUCAAAACCUACUGCAUCGAAUUAUGAGGAUGUUAAGCACAUGGUGUCCAUAUUUUAUCGCAAGAUGCUCAAUGAAGCUCAAGCUCAAGAACGUGAUGAUCUCGUAAGACAAUAUACGAGGAAAGAAGCUGCUUAUAAUGCUGAAAUUGACCGGAUUGCAAAGGCCGCAUCUAUCGAAACCCAUCUAGUCAAGAGCAAUGAAUCUACCCCUAAGCCUAGAAAGUGAUCAAUUUAUUGACCCGACGUCGAAUGAGAACAAAGUGAAUUUCUAUUAUAGUAUUAAGGAUAAAUGAACAGGAAAUACGAACCGUAAAAAAUAAAUUUACAUUAAACAGAAAUGACAAAACCCACUGAGUGUUUCUCAAAGUUGUAUGAGAAUGAUAUCUGAUACGCCAAAGGCUCUUCCACAAAUUGGGCACCGCCGUUGGCGUGUUUCAAUACGCUUUUGAAUGCACUCGGCGCAGAACCCAUGACCACAGAGCGAGAUUACCCUGUUCUUCCACCGCUCAAAAUUACAUACAGAACACUUACACAUUGCUCGAUAUGUUUGCAGAGCCUCUGUAGAAGGCGCAGUUCCACGUUCAUUUAGCUGUUUUUUUAAUCUCUCGUGGGUUUUGAGCGAUGUUUCAUUUUGCUGAACUUGAUGGGACAAGUCAUUAAAUUGUUUGCGAGUAUCGUUAAGCUCGCUUUUUUUAUUGUUGUAAAACUGGCGUAACUGAGAGAGAACAGAUUCUGCUGUCUUUCCCACUUUUUCAUCACGUCGCUUUUUCAACUUGCUUUUCAUAAAGGUUGAAGCUAAUUGGAUUCGCUCUUCCACGAGAAAAACGAGCUUUUUCUCUGUUUCCAUAACGUCGACAAUCCGAUUUUUAUGAUUUUCCACAGAUUUUUCAAAAAGAUCAUUACUUCGUUUGUAAAGAUCACGAAGAUUUUUCACAUUUGAUAAUAGUCCAUCUCUUGACUUCAUAGUAUCAAAGUAUUUUUGAUCAGCUUUGGUCUUCUCCAAAUUGUAUUUCAAUAACAACUCAUCUUUUC